CUUCCGGGUGAGCGCAAUGGCGACGGACGUGGGCUCCUAGGGCUCUGGGAACCCAACUCGAGACCGGCGUCUAUCGGGGCCCCAACCCCCGGUCCUGCCGUGGAUCGAAGCGACAGAGAUUGGCGUAGCCAAGGUCUACUCCCGACGACCCCAAAGAUCUGCCGUUCCUCAAGAACGGCGGCUCGAGAGGGUCCGGGAUCCCUGGCCAGCUAGACGCGGUUCGUGAAGCAGGAACUUUUCCUGCACAAGCCGCUCGCCGCACUCACUUCAACAACAACAACAACACAGAAAAUACACAGAGAAUAUACGAAAAUCGGGCACAGGGGGGGCCCGUAAAAACGUAAGUAAGCUCUGUUGGAUCGCUAAUUUCCUCGGGAGGUGAAAGUAGGAUAAACAAUUAAACAAUUAAAAUAACAAGAACAACAUCGACAGAUUGAAUGUGAGCUGACUGAAUGGCUAUAAGUAGCAAGUUUGUCUAUCCGACCAAGCUGAGGGAAAAAAAAAAAAAGCGGACUAAGAAAAGACAGAUCUAGCGAUCAUUUCCCUCUUUCUCUAUACACGGCAGCAAUUUAAAACCGGGGAAACCAAAUGAGAAAAGUCAACCUUCGGCCAUUAGUUUUGCAUGGGCUCCGAUAUUAAGGCAGCGAAUAAGAGAUAAUCAGCGCAAAGACUGACCUUGAAAGAAGGAUUAGCGGUGUUGUGUCUUCAGUUCUCAACUCCCACGCGCCCGGCAAGAGGUGGAGAGAGGUCUCCACCCCGAGCCGGAAGCGAGGGAACGCUAACGAGGGAACGCCGGAAGCGAGUCACCCCGCACCAGGAAGCGAGGGAACGCUAACGAGGGAAACACACACCAUAGAGCGGCGGAAUAGACUCCACUCCUUGGAAGGCUGUCUGAUAGCGCGCCUCGUAGAGGUAAAUUAACAAAAUAAGCUGCCAAUUAGGUGAACAGUAAACACCACUAGGAGCCCUCAACUGGGACGUCGGGGCGACUGGGCGGUGCUUUAUGUUAACGUCCAACCACUAAAAGCAGAGACCACAAACAACAUAAAACCCAGACACCAACAGAAUCAAGAAGGGGACAGUUAGACAAGACCUCAAAGAGAAGAGACACGGAAGGCAUAGUCCCCGGAUACAUCUUGUGGACCAAGAAGCAUCCAACUGAAAAAUACAAAUCAAACAGAACCCGUACUCAAUAUCCAAUAUAAAUCAAACGGAGACCAGAAUGGCAACAUUCCGUGGAAAAUGGGACAAAGAUACAAAAGAAGCUAAGUCAACACCAAGGAGGAACUCCUUACCAGAGGAUGUCAACUGGAAAGAUCUCCUUCGGGAAAUCCAAUCCAUAUCAAACAAACAAGACUUGCUUCAAAAGGAAAUACACGAAAUAGCUCGGAAACAAGACACGCAACACAAGAUAUUACAAGAGGACAUGGCUGAUCUCAAAAAAGAAAUUAAACAAGAAGUGAACAUGAUAAAAACGGAAGUUGUAAAAAACAUCCAAGAAAUCUCGGGACUAAAACUCCAGAACGACAAAAUGGAGAAAAUACAACUAAAAAUGCAAAGGAAAUUAGAGACACUAGAAGCUAAGAACAGCAGGAUAGAGAAGAUACAGGAUAAAUUAGAACAAAACACUACAGAUUUCCAACUAAGACUCAGGAACAUACAAGAAGAGCCAAAAGAAAAUAUUAAACAAAUUUCAGCUCAGAUAAUAGCCAAAAUUUUAAAUUGUACAGAACAGGACGCAUCUGAACAAAUAGAUACAGCCCACAGGAUAUACACAAAUUAUGCAAAAAAAAACAAAGUAGCUAGAGAUACGAUUGUCCAUUUUGUAAAAAAAAGCACAAGAGAAGAGGUCUUCCGAGGCUCCAAACGUCAACCAACGAUAUACAAAGAGAGUAAAAUCAUGGUGUACAAAGAAUUCCCGCAAUCCACAUUAAACAGCAGAAGGAAAUAUCUGUUCCUAACAGAUGAACUGAAACGGCUUCAAAUUAAAUUUAGAUGGGAAAGACAAGAAGGAUUGAUGCUAACAUAUAAAGAGGAGAGAGUCUGGAUAAAAAGCGAGGAGAAAGCUGACGAAUUCUACAGGAAAUUAAAAAAGGAUAUACUACAACAAACCAAGCAGCAACCACCGAGCCUGGAAAAGAACCCAAGGCAGGCAAAGAAAAGAAGACAAGACUCUCCCAAAGAGAUACAGAUAGCCCUAUUCAAUGAAGAUACUGAAGAUAAUCCAGAGGAAGAUGUGGAGGAGGAAGAAGAAGGCGCACUAGAAUAGUCCUAGCCAGAAACUGGAAAGAAGGGAAAAACCUCAGCAAAGAAGAAUGGAUGGAAAAACUAUUGGAUAUCAGAAACAUGGACAGACUGACCUUUCUUCUCAAAAAAUCUACGGGACAACCAAUGAAGGAAACAAACUGGACAUUACUAGACAACUACCUACAUGAGACUACGACCUGAUGUGAAACAUGGACUGGAAGUUAGUCGAUUGGAAGUCUCCCUCUAACCCCCCCCCCCUCCACCCCUACCUCUCUCUACCUCUCCCUCCCCCCAGCUGAGCCCUCCCCUCUUCUUUUCUUCCACCCCCACCCUUACUCCAGCCCCCCUUCCUAUCCUUCCCCAAACCCUCCUAUUAUGGACACUUCGUUUUUUCCCCACCCCCCUCCCUUCUCUCCCUGCAUUCUGCCUCCCCCCUUUUUUAUACUGAUGUUAACUAC